AUGCAUCAACAAGGCCGAGUGCCCCCGAGGCUCGCCUCGCCAGCAAGGUCACCCAUGCGAUCCAACAGCCUGCGAGAGGGUGCCAUAGGAGGAUCUCGUCCGCGGGCGGGAUCAAACCUCUCUGCCAGAGAUUCUGCGAGCUCACCCACGAUGGACCAAACCGGACCGCCGGCUGAGUCAAUAAAAAAGUUGGAUCAGAUAGUCCAGAACUUCCACACCAAAAUCGCUGCUGUCGUCGUCGCCUCGCGCAUGAAAGUAAAGCCAAUCCAGGGCGCAAACGGAGUACCGAAGAUUAAUAAAUGGUACCAAAUCGAAACCGAAGAGAUUGACGAAUUUAGGGAAGAGCUGAGGAUAUGGAAGAGCUGCGGCAGUCUUGAGAACCGCCCUCCACCAAUGAUCAUCGAAGUCUAUCUUGAUGCAUCAACACUCAAGGAGAGCCAGAGUCUUGUCAUCAUCGACGAGGACGGGAAGCGCUGGGAUGUCUUGGAACAGCUCGCUGCAUCGACAUCUUCGAGUGGUAGUGAUUCCCUUACUAACAUCAGAAGGCCAACUGAGGUUAUCUUGGAGCGAUGGCGCGUGGAACUCAAAUCGAUAGCCGACAGGCCUUUGGACGACUUUGGACCAAUCUUGCCCACCAUCUACAAAAAGGCCAUUGUGUUCUUCCGAUCCCUCUUUGUCGCUACCAAACUACUGCCGGCGUGGAAGUUUGCCAGCCAAGGUGCUGUUAAGAACUCCCACCCGGCCCUGAUUCCGCAGUGCAGGAUCCGAAGGUCCGACCCGGACAGAUCACGGCCUGACCUAUUACAGAUUUCCAUCGAUGGGAGAAGGGAUGCAGUGACGGAGUACAUGUUUGGAGACCUCGAGGUACCUGUGGGAAGGUUAUGCACCUCUGUGAUUUAUCGAAACGAUUGCACAUUCCGUGUUGACGACGCCGAGUCACUUCUGAGCUCCCGAUUCAUGGGAGUCGACGAAAACUUCUUUAAGCCAUCAUUACCACAGCGCCAUAUGGCUGAGGCGGGCUCACUGAGGGACCACCGCCGGGGCGUAAGUGUGAAUGACGUUCACCAGACAUAUGGUAGUUUGUCAACCUUUCAUGGCGAUGGCCCGAUAGGAACGAGCCCUAUAUCCGCACUUCGUGCGGUCAAGCCGCCUGGUUCAGACACGAGCUCGCCGCCAGCAUCGCUUCCUCGCCAAGCGGAUGCUGGGGCUGCAGCCCCUCAUUCACUGCCGAUAUCAGGGCGAGCGUCUGCAGCAAGGCCCACGGUCCGCGUUGGAGAAGAUCGAAGGAGAACCUCUAUAUCUUUCCAACCGUUUAAAGCGGGCUCCCUUUCUGGAUCUCCCGUUCCCCGACAUACUGACCCCGAAUCUCCGGCAUCGCUUACCAGGCCUAGUUUAACAUCCCUCCGACAACCAGGAAACCGAUCUUCGCUGACCGCCGGCAUGCCGGCCUCACUUCGUGGACCGACUUCCGUAAACACUACCGACUCGCCUGUAGUCGGAUCCCCACGACCCCCCUCUGCUAGCAAAUAUAGCAGCAGCUUCACACACAGGAAAGGGCGCUUGUCGAUUGGCAGCACGAGCCGGAUGGGUGAUGAAGAGCAGGGCAGCAGCGGAAGGCAAAGCUUGGCCUCAUCAAUUGUGCAACCAGGGUCGGGAUUUCUCGCCGAGGUUGGAGCAGCAAGCUAUAGUUCGCUCCAGACCGAGGAGGAUGACAUCUCCGAUUUCUUAAAGGCCCUGGACAGCAAAAAGACCCUCAAGUCAUUUGAGCCAACCAAGAAGGGAGAGUCGGCGACAAGCAGGACGGUAGCUCAGCUGUCCAAGUUCCAAAUGAUGAGGGAAUCCAACAACGCCCUGACCGAGUCAAUGACUUCUUCGAUGCAGCUUAAUCGCUCCUCAACCGUUUCAAGCAGGCAACUCGCAAAUCUGACUGGCAUCGGCGGAACGAAUUCGCUGUCUACAUCUUCUUCUCCUGGGAAGCCAGUGUCACCGCACACGCCACAUACACCCGCGAUCCCAUCUCGGCUAAGCGAGAAUUCAAUUAUAGACUAUACGCCGGCUUAUAAGAGGGUAGAGCCGCCUGCGGGCUCAUCGCAAGGUAGAGCAUCAGGGUCUCAAGGACACGGAGCUACGACUCAAGACGGCACAACCGCGAUUGAUAUCCCUCUAUCCCCCAGACUGGGAAUUCAUCACCGGCGAGCGAGCUCUGUUGCCCAGCAGGUCCGAGCCGCGACUGAUGACGAGGAGGCUGACCUGCCGUUUGCUGCGCACCGAAGCAUUAGUCUCGGGGCGAACGAUAGGGAGCCACCGACUCUGAGCACACUUCUCGGCCGACAGUUGGAAGAUGGACAGCAAGAGGAUGCCUCCAGUUCGCUUCGACCAACCACUGAUAUUCAGACUGCCGAGUCAUCGGAUGUGAUUCAACGAGGUUCAGCGAGCGACACGCCCCCAGAUGGCUUUAUUCCUACUACGCAGCCAAGCUCCCCCUUCCAGCGACGACGGUAUGCAGGUAUGGCCGUUGGCCGUCGAAGCACCCCUCCGCACUCUUCUCGAGCCAGCUUUGGCGGGUCGACCAGUAGGCUUAGUCGCCCGGAUGAGGAGGCAGUUGGCGAAGAGCCGCUAGUCUUUACUCUCUCCGAGAUGGACGCUCUGGGAAGGCGAAGCAUGGAAGAACGUCGCGGUAGUGGCGGUGCAUCCACUGAACGAUCCUCCUUUGGGCCUCGAGGCACGGCUCGAAGAGGAUGGGCCGAGUAAUGCUGAAAAUUACACGAGACCUUACUUCUGCUAACUAAAGAUUGAUUGAUUGAUUGAUUGAUUACACAGAUUGUUGAUAGACUCAUCAUCUUGCUUUUUUUAAGAAAGCCCUCCAGUGCCGGGCUUUUUGAGACAGCACUUUGUUCUAAUGAUUGAUUGGAUAUGAUUCGGCGGCGUUGAUGGUAUCUCCUAUAAAAUUGUUGCUCUUCGCCUCUCUUUCACUUUUAUUCUUUCUCUUCUUUUUCUCAAUUUCCUUCUUUUCUUUUCUUUUUCUUUUCUUUUUUCUCCUUUGGAUACCAGUAACAUGGAACCCCCCACAACGGGCACGGGGAUUUGGGGUUGCAUUUUUCUACUCUUUGGACUUUAUUUUCUCCUCCCUUUGACUGGCGAGCGGCUUGUUAUUUCUGCUGUGUUGUUAUUAGUAUUACGGCCUGGAGAGCCUGUGUGUAUAUAUCAUCAGGGGACGGAAGGACAAGCGAGAUGGUUUGGACAGGUACUACAGGCAGAACAAGAUGAUGUUUGGAUCUACGAAGAGGGCUGCACUGGAGAGUAUAUGGGGCCUCGAGGCAAUGUACAAAGUAGGCGAGGAUUUUAAAAAGACUGGAAUUUGACAACUAUUUCAUUAG